AAAAAAUUAGUUUGAAUUUUUAACAAUAAUUUGUUAAUUUAAUCAAUUUUGAUUAGGCUAUUUAUUGCAUUGAACAUCAGAUCCCAUACAUUUGAACAAUUUAGUACUUUUAAUUGAAUGUUCUAUGUAAAAUGUUUACUGAUAAUUUUUUAAAAUCACUUUCUCUCAUUUUUUUUUGGUUAUAUACACAAUUUCUACUUGGAUACAUGAUAUUCAGCACUAUCUAUCCUAUUAAAAUAUUUAAAAUUCUUUGAUGGUGUAAUAAACCAAAUAAUUUACCAAAUAAAUCUCUCAAAUACUAUUUUUUUAUUAAAUAUAGAUAUUUUUUCUAAUUUAUCAGACUGAUUACUGAUGAUUUACGAAUGUUCUUAUUUAUAAUUUCAUUUAAGUGUGGAAUACUUAUUUUAGGUGAUUUUGCUAUGUUACUGAAAGCUGGAAUGACAGUAAAACAAGCUUUGUUAUAUAAUGGACUAUCUUCCAUUCUUUGUUUUGUUGGAAUGUUAAUAGGAGUUGCUUUAGGUAAUGUACAGUCUGCAACAUUAUGGGUUUUUGCUGGAGCUGCAGGCAUGUUUUUGUAUAUAGCCCUUGUUGACAUGCUGCCAGAAUUAGGAUCCAGUCCAACUCAUCCUGGUUCCAACAGUACUUAUCUCUUAGCGGUUCAGUUGACAGGCAUUUCUUUGGGUAUUGUGAUCAUGCUGAUUAUAGCAAUUUAUGAACACGAUCUGCAGCACAUAGUAAAUUGACUGGCGCCGAAACUUUUAUCCAACAAUGACCGAAGUCUAGAAAGCAUUUAUUUAUGCUACUGCCAUAAUUUCCAAUUGGAAAUAUCUUUUAUAUCUUAACCUGCUUAUUAAUGAAUGUGCAAUAUUAUUAAGUCCAUUCUUUGGUGCUUCCAGAAGUUUAUUUAGUUUGAAUCUUUAGUUGGCAAUGGACAAGUUUAUCUGAUUAAAUACAUUAGCGAUCACUUUAACCAGAGUGCCAGAAUGAUGUUUAAAAGGCAGGGUCUUGUUGCUGCAAUGCAUCUUUUCACAUGGAACAAAUUGUAUUGAUUAUAGCCAAAGAAACAGAUGAUAAUGACUAUCAACUAUUUUUUCAACAGAGAUCCAACAAAUAAUUAACAGUUUUAUGAUGUUUUUGUGUGCAAUUUCUUCAAUAUAAACUAAGGAUGCAGACUUCCUUCCCUCGUGAUUUAAAAUGAAAAUUUCAUUAAUUUUAUUAUAAUAGCAGAACAUUACUUUCUUACAUGUGGUGGAUCCAAUUUCUAAAUAAUUAAGAAAAAGAAAACCUAAAUUAUACAGUGAUACCUCUGUUUUCAUUGAUAAUCCAUCUGAAAAUACUAAAAACAAUACAAAAUUGCUGAAAUAGGCUGCUUUUAUAUUAAUGUUAAUGGAAAUCAUUGAAAAAUACAAGUGUAACUUCUUCAACUUUGAUCAUGUUCCUGGCCUUCUUUGAGGGCUGAGGGCUGAGGGCUCCGGAAACUUUCUUUAGUCCUAUGCUGGAGCAAAAAGCAAAGGAAAGCGAUGAAAUUGUUUAGCUAGAGGUGCAGGGUAAUAAUGCUCACACAACGAGCAGGAAAUGCGUGGGUCACCCUUUGUUUUUGCAAAAUUUGUAGUGAGGUCAUGAGGGCAUGCCAAUGAAAACUGAGAUAAAUUUUUCGCAAAAAAAUUGAGACAGACAGAGGUAUUACUGUAUUUCAUGCAAUCUUAUCAUUCUCAUAUGAUCCCAUUUUUCGAUAAAACUGUGAUAACAAAGUGUCUGCAAAUUAGCAUUUCAAGCACUUUUCUUAAAUAUAUAUAUAUACACAAUUCUUUUGUGUGUUGGAAGUGCUUUGUUUGGAUUCAAACAUGCUCAAUAUUUUUCUGCAGAUCUGACCUCAAAUUAUUGUUACUGUUAUUUAUUUUUUAGCAUAUGUUUAUUUAAAAUAUGAAAUUUUAAUUGUCAAUAGAUAAUUACUAAGUUUUAAAAUAUUU